UACGGAGGAGUUACCCUAGAGAAGCAACUUCCUAGCUACCUUCCUGGCCACCCUCUUGGUCACCUUCCCAGUCCAUUCUCCUACGGACAAGCCAAAGAAAAUUGCGUUUUCCGCGAAGUGAUCUGGACGUAGUUAAGUACGUAACCCAAUGAACUCGUCGAAAUUUAAGACUAAUAUUAAAAGAAACAUCUUUGAAGAAGAAGGGUGUAUAUUCUUAUUGGUUAAAACACAACAACACUUUUCUCCACAAUUUUUACCUGCCAUUCUUGAGUUCAUCAAGCCAUCGUCAAAUGUUUUGUUUUCGCGUUAGGAGACAGUGAAAGUUAUUGAUUCUCUUCCGUUGUGGAACCGAGCAACCAAAUCGAGAGCUCAUCUAUUCGUUCAUAUUUCGAAUAUAUAUACUACUCUUUUGUGUUCGUCAAGGAUCGAAUAGACUUGAAACAGGCAAGAUGAAGAUAGGACUACUGAGAAACUUUUUAUAUUACUUCAGUCUCCGGCAAGGUACCGUGUUAAUCGCUAUAAUACAAUUGUUUAUAUCCGGAUUUAGUAUGGUGUUUUUCAUACUGGCAUUGGCACACGCUAUGGGGAUUCAAGAAAUGGUGGUGAGAGAUACCCAGGAUACUCUCGAAAGAGAAGCUUUGGAGGAUAUAUCGAGUCAUCAAAAUGCUAAAAAAAUGGACGUGGCUCAUCACAAUGCUAUUGAGACCGUUUAUUCCAUGUAUUGUGGAUUGGUGAUCACGGUGAUACACUUCAUGACUACGAUUCUUUUAUUUUACGGAGCAUUAACGAACAAUCGUCAUUUUAUGACACCCUGGAUGAUGGUGAUGAUGACGAUAAUAUCAGCAUUGACCAUAUCCUUGUUCCUGGUUGAACAAGACUGUCCUUUCAUCGCUAUUCUCGGUGGAAAGGCAGACAUUUGCGAACGCGUGAUCGUGUUGCUUUUUAUUAUCACGAGUUCCUACAUAUGGUUCGUCGUGUAUAGUACAUACAAGAGUCUUGAAAUAAAGAAAGGAUUGACGCACGAAGUAUACAACUUCAAGAAAUAUGCAUUAGAGAUAGUGCCGCAACCUACGAAAUCGUUUCAUGUAUCGGCUACCAUGCCCUACGAUGUUUAAAAUUCUUGUAAAGAAAGAAAAGAAGAAAAAAGAAAACGAAAAAAUGAAAAGAAAAGAAACAUACGAACGUAUUCACACACGCAUUCAUACACGCAUACAUACACGCAUACAUACACGCAUACAUACACACACAGCAUACAAAUACAACGAGAAAAAUCCAAUAAAGAGGAUCGACCUCGCAUCGAAAUAAAUAAGAAAAAAUGAUUAAAAAAAAAAAAAAAAGAAAAAAAAAAAGAGAGAGAAAGAUGAAUUAAUUAUAAUCAUCAAUGGGUGUUCUUUUUUUUCUCACCCGAUAAACAUGAGAUUCUUUAAAUGCAUUUUACAAUCAGCUUACGGUUUCGAAACUUGCGCACAAUUCAGUAAUGAUUUUCAAGAAAUUAUCAAAUCUAACAUUUCGAGAGGAUUAUUCGUUGGUGGUGCGUUAUUCGUACUGUAACAAGUUAUUAAGGAUCUUGUAUAAAGAUUUACGAUGUUAAAGGCUUUACAUACAUAUAUAUUAUAUAUAUAUAUAUAUAUAUAUAUACACAUACGUGUUGCAUUUUUUCGUACGUAAGAGUCAAUGAGUACGUAAGAGGAAAUGAAAAAAAAAAAAAAGGAAAAGAAAAUUUAGCAUCGUUCUGUAUUCGUGUGUUCGAAUUAUGCUUUGUACAGUUCUUGAAUUUAUUCUAUUUCUCUAUCGAUUAAAAAAAUUGUACAUUAGAGGGAUGAAUAUGUUAAAAAAAAACAAA